CUAAGUAGGUUGUCGCCUUUUUGUGUCGUCAUUUCCAACCAUGUUUCUCAUUUAUAAAAUGAAACGUUUUCUCAGAUAGUUGUCACAAUCUUUAACAAUGAGUAACAUAUGUAGGGAGGUCAUCACGCUUCAGCUGGGCCAUUAUUCCAACUUCGUGGGCACUCAUUGGUGGAAUUUACAGGAUGCAUCACUGUCAUAUGACCCAGAGAUGCCACCUGGAGACUUCCAGAGUGAUGUCAUGUUUCGUGAAGGUCAAACUCUUGGUGGCAGCAUCACCUACACUCCGCGCCUCAUUUCCAUGGACCUCAAAGGAAGUCUACAAACUCUACGGCAGGAGGGAAGUCUGUAUGAUACUAGCAAAGAAACAUCUGCUCUUUCCUGGGAUGGAAGCCUAAUGGUUCAUAAAGAAAGCCCCCCUGCAAAAAAUGCCUUUCUUGAAGACCUGGACAAAUUGGAUUGUGGGGACAUACUGACAGUUCCAGGUUUUUCAUCCAGCUCCCGAUCUUCAUGUUCUCUAAGUGUGGAUACUGUCAAUAGUCAGCUUGCUCGAGUCCAGAAGAAAUACAGCUUGGAGGGUAGCGUCAAGGUCUGGUCUGACUUCCUACGCAUCCACUUGCACCCUCGGACCAUCUCUGUUAUCCAUCAGUACAACCAUGAUGGAGAGGCUGAUCGUCUGGAGGCUUUCGGCCAGGGGGAAGCACUGCUGCAGGGAGCAGUGCUGGAAGAUCUGGACGACAAAUUGCAUUUUUUUGUUGAGGAGUGUGACUACUUCCAGGGUUUCCAGGUGCUCUGUGACAUGACAGAUGGCUUUGCAGGUCUAGGCUCAAAGGUCACAGAAAUGCUGCAGGAUGCGUACGGUGCUCGAGGCAUCCUAACUUUUGGAACGGCUCCCAUCAGUCACCCAAAUUCAACUCCAAUGAAGGACCUCUACCAUCUGUUGAACUGUGCGUUGGGGAUGGUCCACAUGGCCAGUCACAGUUCCUUCUUCUGUCCGCUGACCCUGCGAGGAGGACUGGGUCUACGCCCGUCGUCUCCUAUAAGCUUCCCUUACCUAAACUAUGACCCGUCACUUUGGUACCACUCCAGCUCUGUCCUGUCUCUCGCUUUGGAUGCGCUCACUGUGCCGUACAGACUGAGGAGCAACUCCGUCCCCAUGUGGCAGUUGGCAGACUCGCUCUCGACGUCGGGGAGAAAGGUGGUGGCAGCUUACGGCGCCGUCCCGUUCCCAAUGAUGCACGGCAGCUCUCUCCCCGAUGCACUGAGUGCUUGUGACUCGUUGCCGUGGAAACCACUGUCAACGUGCGCCGAAGCAGGCGACGGUCGAUGCUAUGGCCAGUGGGUGACACUCAAAGGCUUGGAAGGCCAAAGACUAACCAGUUCUGUUGCUCCAGGGAUGAAACCGCCAUCUCCUCUUCACAGCCUCCACAGCGGGGAAGAUGUUCUAGCAUCUUACAUCACAUCUUUCUAUCCUACGGCUCCUUUAGCUCUGCAGUUGGUAUCCGGGCCUAGCAAAUUGACCCCACCUUUCCCUCAGAUAUUCAGUCAGGCCCUGACCGAACAAGGUCUACAGCAGGACCUGCUUCCAACUAGUUCUCAAGUCUCCUCUGUCCCGGUCAUCACGUCCCUCCAGUCGGGGCCAGCGUUGGACCCGUGGCUCUCAGAGUUGCAUCGCAGCAUCAGCGCUUUCGACGUCCGCCGCGUGGCCCCCAGCUUUCUUUCCCAGGGUCUCGAAAUGGCCGACUACAGCGAGGCACUAGAGGAGUUGCGCUUAUUGGCUCGAAAAUAUCGGGACGAUAGCAGUGGAACAACGCGGUCGUCUUCUGAGGAGGAGGAGGACGACGACUGAUGGGCAUUGGACACGAGGAUGGAUGGACUUUUUGUUUACAUCAUGCUUACACUCCCUUUUAAAAAGGUACCAAACAGCAUUUUCUAGUAUAAACAGUAAAGGAAACUAAGAAAUCAUGAAUGAAAACACAAUCAAGAGGCCUUUUUUUAUUUGAAAUAAUGUUGAAGAGCUUUCACAAAAGGUGAAAUGUGUAUUCCAAUCGAGCACAGCAGUACAUAUUUAGCAUCGACAUUUAGGACAAAAACAUAUACCAC